UUCCCAUCUCUCUCUCCAAAGUUUUCGUCUUUCUUCCUCUCACGUCUCAGAUUAAACACAGAUUUUUUUUUUUUGAUUUUUUCAAUUUCAGUCCAAUUUCACUUUCCACUUUCGAAUUUAUUCAUACAUAUCAAUCUAGCGAAUUUUUUGAAUUUCGUCUUUGUUCAAGAAAACUCCAAUUGCUCCGACCACCCUUGUAGGGUUGUAUAUUGUUUUCUUCAAGAAUUACCAAAACCUGUGUUACAGUCAGAGGCAUGUUGGGUGACAAUGAAGUGUCAGGUCAAGUCAUUGUGAUUAUGGGCGUAAGCGGAGCAGGGAAAUCUACCAUAGGUAAGAUGUUGGGAACAGCUCUAUCUUGUGACUUUCUUGAUGCCGAUGAUUUUCACUCUUUAUCGAACAGAGAUAAGAUGAGCCAAGGGAUUGCUCUUACAGACGAAGACCGAAUGCCGUGGCUUGAAAAAAUACAGGACAGUUUGCGAAAACGCUUACUCAACAGAGAAACCGUUGUCCUCGCAUGUUCUUCAUUGAGAAAACAGUAUAGAGAGAUCUUGAGAGGUUCUGAUCCGGAUUACAAACCGGGAAGCUAUACGAGUUGCAAGGUUAAGUUUGUAUUAUUGGAAGGUAAUGCAGAGGUGAUCGCCGCUCGGUUACAGAAGAGAGCUUCCGAGGGAGAACAUUUCAUGCCUCUUACUCUUCUUCAGUCUCAGUUUGAUCUGCUGCAAGCUGAUGAAUGUGAAAAGAUAUUCAAAAUCAGUGUGGUUUUGAGCCCUGAAGUUAUAGUCAACACAAUUCUUGACAUGGUUACAGAUUCUUUGUACCCUUGAGAGAAGAUAUACCAAAUUCUCAGGAGUCAGUACAUUGUAAACUUGUAUUGUUAAGUUACUCUAAUAAUCUUUAUUCCUCUUUUGUAUUCAAACAACCAACAUAGUCGAUAAGCAAAACUUACUAUCAUAAUAAAAAUGGAAUUUUCAAAA